AUGGAUUUAUCUUACCUUGUACGUUUCUCUGUGUUUGAAGUAAGUUUCUUAGCAAGCAUUAAGCUUAAUGGCUCGUUGCUUCAACCAUUACAGGGAGCACAACCAUUCUUUGUGUUAGCUGGCCCCAAUUAUGGGUUGAAAUUGCUGAUACUGAUUGUUUAUAAGUGGUCUGAUACCGGUCUUGUAUUUGCAUUGGAUUUGAUAUUCACUCCAGCCGGUCUGGAUUUGCUGCAUCCUCUUCCACCACCUGAGAAAAGCAAGGAUGAUAUACUUAUUUUCUUCAAGCUUUAUGAUCCCGUGAAGGAAGAACUCAGGUACUUUCAACAAGUUCUUGCACUAGAGUAUUUACAUUCUUUAAAUAUCAUUCACCGAGACCUGAAACUAGACAACUUGAUAAUUGGUCCAGAUGGCCAUAUCAAGCUGUCAGAUUUUGGGCUAUCGAAGUUGAAAGUUGAAACACUUAAUUCCGUUGUUGUAGGUGCAACAGUUGAUUUGUGGUCUGUUGGCGUUAUUCUUUUUGAGCUGCUUUUAGGGAUACCACCUUUAAUGCAGAAUUUCCACAGAGAUAUACCAUGGCCAAUGAUCCCUGAGGAGAUGAGCUAUGAAGCAUAUGACUUGAUUAACAAGUUGCUAACAGAAAAUCCAGCUCAACGCCUUGGCGUGAUAGGGGCUGUACAGAAGGUUUGUUACUUUAUUUUGGGGUAUUUUUGGGCAAAACAAAGGGAAGAUGAGAUACAGGGAUUGGAAUUGAGAUUAAGGUUUCAUGAGGCUGCAGUAAAGAGGCUUGAGGGUGUGGACAAAGUGAGAGAAGUUGAAGGAAACCCUGAUUUUUCCAACAAGGAUGUCGGGUGA